AUGCUAUCCUCUGUCGUGUUUUGGGGACUUAUUGCCCUCAUUGGCACCUCCAGGGGCUUGUACCCUUUCACUCACUCAACGAGCCCUCACCUGCCUCCUCGCCUGUACCGCGGCUGCUACGGGGACAUCAUGACCAUGGAAACCUUGGGGACCACCUGUGAUAUAAACAGUUUGAUUAACUGCGGGAUCCGUGGUUCUGAAACGUUUGCUGAGAUGGAUUUGAGGGCCAUGAAGCCUUACCCGACUCUGAUCAAAGAAGUGGGACAGAGGCAUUGCGUAGAUCCUGCCGUCAUUGCGGCCAUCAUCUCCAGGGAAAGCCAUGGCGGAAGCGUCCUGAGAGAUGGCUGGGACCGCGGGGGACUUAAAUUUGGCUUGAUGCAGCUCGAUAAACAAAUUUACCACCCUGUCGGUACCUGGGACAGCAAGGAACACCUUUUGCAGGCUGUUGGGGUUCUUACAGACAGAAUUAAGGCAAUCCAGAAAAAAUUCUCCACAUGGAAUGUGACUCAGCACCUCAAAGGUGGUCUCUCAGCUUUUAGAUCAGGAAUUGAAGCCAUUGUCACCCCAGCGGACGUAGACGAUGACUACGUCAAUGAUGUUCUUGCCCGAGCUUGA